AGAAUAUUUUGGAAAUAUAUUGAUUUCUGGAUCUUUAUCUUCAUUUGGAUCUCUUUUUAACAUUAAAAAAGGAAUGAGGAAAAACACACAAUUCCCAUACCAUAUAGUCUCAUUUCAUAUCACAGUUUUAACUUUUUUUUGCACCAGCAACGAGUCAUAAAACUAUUUUUUAUUGACUGAAUGGUUGAAAAACUAUUUAAAGUAAUAAUGUUUUGUAUCAAUUUCGAAAUUCAAGAUUUUUGUAUGGUCAAACACUAUAUUCCAUAAUAUUUCAUAGCUGAAUUAAUUUACUAAUGUAUAAAUGGGUCUGAACGGACAAACUAAUCUCUGUAAACACAAUCAAUUAGUUUACAUAAUGACGUCAACGUUACUGGGCAAUGGUAUACAACAUGGCCGCCGAGGAGUUACGAAUCGUGUGAAAAGGAUCCGGUAUCACUUGUUCUACACGGCUGUUGUCUUCCUGAAAUCUCCUUGAAGACCUCUGUUCGGAGAGGAUAACUUUGAAGUUUGAACAGUUUAGAGCCUAAGAGUAAAACAAAAUGCCGCCAAAGAAGGGAAAGAAGAAGAAGGCCGCUCCCCCUGCAGAACCAGUUUCAGAAGAUGAUGAGCAGGAUGAAGUUAGAACUGUGAGAAAAAAGGAAAAAGGGAAGGGAAAGAAGGCGAGAGCACGGCCAGUGCUUAAGACACUAGGCAGAGGAGCGGGAGAAGAGGCUCCAGAAGUACAAGCUGAUGAGCUCUUUGAAGAGCCGCAAGAGGACGCUGUACUAGAAGAGGAAAAGAUGGAUGACGUAGUAAGGGUCAAAUCCCCAGAGAUGGAAGCAGAAAAGGCCACAAAAGAAGCAGAAGAAACUGAAGCUCCAGACCUUGAGAGCAAGCAGCGUCAACACUACUCCUCUGCUUCUGCUCAUGGGGAUGGUCCUGGAGCUGAUGAACCUCAAGAUCAAAAUGAUCCUAGUCCUGACGGUGGAGAAGAUACUCAUCAUGCUCCUAGUCAAGAUAUACCAGUGGCAGACACGCAUCCCAUGAUGGAAGGCAUCACCGAUGAUGGAGAGGGGGACGGAGAGGAGGUGAAGAAGUCGGAUGAUGAUGAUGCGGCUGAGAUGAUGGUCGUGAAGCUGGAUACGGAGGAGAAGACGCUCGGCCGUGUGAACCUAGAGGAGUAUGACGAUGCUGACCCCAAGGACUUUGGAAUAGAGGUGGAAUCAGAUGAUGAGUACAAAUAUCUCCCACCAAGCAACGACGACCUGCCCAACCUGGAGAACCUGAUAGGCACCCUGGAGGAGGGAGACAGUGAGCUCCACACGGAGCGGGAGCCACCGACCCUCUUCAACCGACCGGAGCACGAGCCCAGCUACCGCCAAAUCUCCCACCUACGCCAGGAGCUGGAGGAGGAGAAGAUCGACCCUUACAUCGAUCGCUUCGAGGACAACGUUAGGGAUGAUGUCCUCAUGAUAGGGAACAUCUCCCUGGAGGAAGUCCAGGAAGAGGAACGGCGUUUGAGAGAUGAGCACAUUGCCUAUCAGCAGCAGGAGGCGCAGCUUGCUAGGAACAGACAGGAGAAUAUUCUGCUCAAGGAAGAGCGCUCCAAGAAGCAUGUCACUGAUGUCAUGAAGAAGAAACGCAAGGAGCUCUCCCUGAGAGAGGAGCUUAGCCUCCAGAGGGAGCGUCUGCUCCAAGAUCAGCUCCAUAAGAGCUUCAAGAAGGCGGAGAAUCUCCUCAAACGAUCUCUGGAAAUACGCAAGGGAGAAGUCAAGACUAUGUAUGGUGACCUGAUGAUGGCUGAUGGUCAAUACGGCGGGUCAAAGGGUCGUCGUUGGAAAGUGGACUGGAAUCGAGCUCCACAGCCAAUACAGAUCAAGCUCAAGUGUCUCAGAGGAGUCAAGGAUAAGCUACCUGCUGGACGAUUCAUCUUGAUGACGUCCCUGUAUGACCGUCUGGGUGGACACGUCUUGCGCUGGUCAAACCUACGCGGUCAGGAGUGGGCUGGGUCUACACUGCCCCUCAAUCACGAUGGACAUUUCUACAAUGUAGAGAUUCCGAUUGAUCAGAGCCAGUUCACCGUUUGUCCAUCCAAACCGGACAUCCGUCCUGGCAUGGUCCUGGUGUUUGAGCUCUUUCUGCUUCGUGGUACCCUCCUACCAGUCGAUAAGGUGGUGGCCUGGGGCGUCUUCCCCAUCUGUGACGGCCAGUUUGAGGUCCUUCAGGGAAAGUAUAUAACUCCCAUGCUGAGAGGGGAGGUUGAUACCCGCAUCGAUCGUCAUGAGACAGUUGAGAAACUGAUGGCUUCUGAUCUGGAUCACUGGCUUUGUAACAUCUACUUUGAGAUUGUCAGAUUACCAAGGUACCUUGCCGGUCAGAAGGAAUACGAGGUGGAGCUGCAGUUCUCCUCCAACCUGAUUGGUUAUCCCGAUAGAAUCAAAAGAGCCGAAGAAGCCAUUGAUGGAGAAGAACCCAUUCCUGGAUCACAGGUCGACAUUGCUUCAACCAAUGUUGAUAACCAAUCAGCUGCCGACGUGAAGGGGUCAAAGGUCAGCUUUGGCCUGGGCAGUGAGGAAGGAGAGUCAUCAACUCCGAGAGAAGGUAGCAGCAGCGUUGGUUCAGGGAGCAUCAAGGCUGGCCUCACUAGCAGUGAGGGGAGUAUGAAAGAUAACGACAGCCUUAAACUGGAGAGUGAGGCCUCCACCAAGACCCUGGAAUCAUCGGAGGCCGGCGUCCGUUUCCGUGGCACCAAGCAGAAGGAUGAGGAUCCGCCUCCGACCACCGUGGGAUCCAGGAAGCUCCUGGGCAAGUACGAGAAGGCUUACCUCGACACAGACUCGGAGUCCGAUGAUGAUGACGAGGACUACAUCAAGAAGAAGGAAGAUGGGUUCCGGGCGGUCAAGGGAGAGCCUGGCCUCUUCUACAAGCAACAUCUGAACCCGCCACAGACCGACUACAUCCGUCGCAUGUACACCAUGAUCCCCAAGACAACUCUGCUCAACCAGCGCAAGAAACGCAAGAAGCUGACCCAUCUCGAGGAGCUAGCCACUCAUGGCUGUGCUGUGCAAAAACCGUUCUCUACAAAGGGCCACACGGCUCGUCAGGGUCACGAGAAGGUGCAGUACAUCAGUCGUCAGCUCUUCUCGGAGCUGGGUCUCUCCCAGUGGAGGUCCAGGGAGUUCUGGACCCUGAUCCUCCUCCUCUGUGUCAUCUUCUUCGUCAGAAUGUACCUCCAUUACCUUGGCCAGUGGGCCUUCCUCAACAUCAUUGCGGUCCCCAUCAGCACAUUCCAGUUCCUGCCUUACACGGUCAGUCUCAACUAUCAGGCCUCUCUCCUGCAGACCAAGGAAGAGGUGGCAGUGGUCAUCCUAGGACCGCUGACCAACGUCGUGUUCCUGUCUCUCCUCGUCUUCAUCUGCUGGCUCUUCCAGAAGGUGGUGGGAAACUUCCCGGACCUCUUCUGCAAGUUUGUCAUCGUCUUCGCCAUCAUGACCCUGCUCGACCCCUUCCUCAUCGCCAUCAUCGAUGCACCACUUGGGCGUUAUGCCAACACCAACAGCGACGUGCCCAUAGCAGAUGCUGCCAAGCUGUACUACCAUUUCUACCGUAUCCAUGACAACGGCUUGAUGGGUAUUCUGUUGACGGUUCCCAUCAUCCUCUUCCUCUCCUUCUUGACCUGUGUCAUCUUCUACAUGUACUUCUUGCGGCUGCACAACAACGGUCGCAUGCUGGACAUCUUUCACCGUCUCCAUGCUGCGGAGGAUGAUUUCUUCAUGCCCUUUGACCUCGAGAUCAGUAACCAGGAGCUGGCUUACAUCUGUAACAAGGCAGAGCAGUGGAGGGGUGAGGAGGGAGAGAGACGCAAGGUCGCUGUCUAUGAUUACAUAUGGGAGGAGGAAGACGAGGAAGAUAAUCUUGAGGAGAGGCCUGGAAAGGAUUCAGAAAAGCAGGAUGGCAAGCGAGAGAUCACCACUCAUGUCUCAGUCCACACUCUUCACUUGGAUGGCUUGCGAGAGCUCUUCCGACACUUCUUACGACUCCCAGAUGGCUCCAUUGUUGAGGUGUUUGGUGAAAUGGGCGUGGUGGGACUAGACAAAGACCUCCGUGCUGCCCUCCAAAACCAGGCCUCUGGUCACGAGAAAUGGGCGGGGUCGGCCGAAAGCAUCCACCUGCUUUCCCUGGACCGGGCGGGGAUCAACCACCUCCGCCCCAAGACACAAGGAGGCAUUGGAUCCCAGGACCUACUCAACAUCCCUGGGACCCCUUCCCCUUCCCUCCGGAGGAAGGGGGAGGCAAUGGGGAUGGGGUCACUGGGAGGGGGAUCCAAGAUGACCUCCCAGCCUUCGCUGCAUGUGCCUCGUAACCUUGGAGGGGCGUCGCCCACCAACAGUGACGUAGAGGAGAUGUAAGAAUGUGAUCAGAGUCUAGUCCGCACGCACAGACUCUCAUCUGUUACUGAAACACAAUUCUAUAAAGUCUUAAAGCCUAUCUGCAUUAGUUUGGCCAGGAGGGAUUAGACCCCGCAGUGAGGUCACUGACAGGUGGCUAUCUCGUCAACUCAGCUCUCAAUUAACAUAAGAAACGGGACCAUGGGGGUACAACGGUCACCGUUUAGGCAUUGUUUGCUAUAUAGAGGGCGCAAGUAGCGCAGUCAGGCUUCAAAGGCAGUCAGGGAAGAGCAUAGAUCUGUCAGUCUUUUACUGUGUCUUUGUCAGGAGCAGCUCAAGUAUAGAGCCUAUGGGGCUCACUAGACCGCAGGCAUAGUCUCUUAGUUCAGACACUUUAUAAAACAAUACAACUGACAAAGGUCUGUGCCUGCAAUCUAAUCAGAGUUGACCUUUUUUUUCAUACUUACCACCUAUUGAGGUUGACCGCUUCUCAGAGAAUACGCACUCAUUCUAUUACCGGUAUUCAAUUUUUUAACCUUUUCACCCAUUUUGUACAAAAAUGUUACAUAAUCUGUACAUUGUAUGUAUUGAUUUUAAUAUUCUACCGGUAUGACAUCUCAUUUUUUUUAAAUUAGUGUUGUCUUAAUACAAUCUGUGUGUUUGUGAGAGAGAAGAACAAGAGAAAGAGAGAGCGAGAGAGAAAGAGAGAGAGAGAGAGAGAGAUGGAGAGAGAGAGAGAGACUGACAGACAUAAAGAGAGAGAUAGACAGAGCAAAAUUUCUGUGAGACAUGUGGUAGAAGAAGUGCGAUCUUUUUCAACUCUUUUAAAUACCCGAGAGUGGGAGAUAAAAAGUGAUUAAUAAUGUACACUGUAAUAAAUAAAUACUGGUAUCUAAUCAACUAGUCUUUCAGAUUUCGGACAAAUUUAUCUUUGUAUAUAUUUUGCUAUAAAUUCCGUCCAUAUAUGGAGUGGUUCUAUGUCUUUCCUGAAUUGUAUAUAAUACUGAUGAACUAUAUAUUGUAGAGAUUUUAUUUUGAUAACUGAUACUUGAAUCGUGUGUAAUUCUCUAUAUUGUGAGCUUAAAGAUCAAUAUUUUGUGUACAUAGACAUCCUUUUAGUAGACAUAUUUAUCUUCAUGCACUGUUUGCACAUCUGUGCUGUACUAAGUGCUUGUGAUUAAAACAAACUAUAUCAGUCAUAUAAUAGUGUAAAUACUGUAUAAUGUAUAUGCAUUUGUAUGCAAAACAGCCGUCCAUGCAUUCUGACCACCUUGAUUUCUGAGCCUUAUAUGGAACAAUGAAAUUAUAAUUAUGCCUUUAAUGCAAAUUUUGAGGAUUAUUACAUAACUUGUUUAUAAGAAUGAACAAUUUUGUAAACUUUUUUGAUGAAAUCUUUUAAUUUUAUGUUAAGUCUCUGUAGCGUUGAUCAUUUUAUAUUCACAGUAAUUACUCACUAUUGCAUCUGAAACACAUCAAAUUUUCUUAUUACACCUCAGUUCUCUAAUCAUUUUUCAGGUUGCUUGCUUGCUGUGUACAAUCUUUUCAUGUAUAUACCUAUCAUGUGUGUGCCCUUUUUUCUGUAAUGUUAAGGUCAGAUUGUUUUUCGAUCAUCUAUUUUGAGCCAGAAUGGCAAUAACCCUGUGUGAAAAAGAGGAAUUAACGCCCUUCUGGCUGUAAAGAGGUGAAUUGUAAAAAAUGUGUAAAAGAAAAAAUUGAUUGAUCAAAAAACAUGUAGACUUUGUUAUUUGCAAUUUUAUAUUUCAUCUCCACGCUACAAAAAUGGCCUAUGAAAGCUCAUCUUGCAUGAGUCGAUAGUUCUUAGAAUAAAAGAACAAUUUUGAUCUUAAAGUGAAAUAUAAACUAAAUAUAAACAACCACAAAUGAUACUAACCUGACAUAAAUAUUUAUAAAAAAUAGCUGAGUGAAGAAAAGAAAGAUAGGCUUCAUGUUUGUCCACACCACAAUCAACCAGGGUGGUCCACCAACACAAAUACAAACCUGUCAAGUUGAAACUUGAACUGAACUGAUGUGAGAUUAAUGUAAUAAUAAUAGCUAGUUCUUAUAUAGCGCUUUUUAGGACCGAAGGCCCUUCAAAGCGCUUUACAGAUAUAUAUAUUAUAACCCCGGUCAUAGGAUUCAGGCUUACCCGCACACAAUGUAUGCACAUUCUCCACUCCCUCAAAGUCUCUCGUUGCCAGGGUCCAGGGCUCGCAUAAGGGCUCUAGGGUUCUUGUGUGCUCUCUGGUGCAAUCGGAGCUGUAUUUUAGAUAUAAUUUUUCAGAAAUAAUUUUGGUUAUGAAUGAAUUUUAACCCAUUACUGAUUUUCAAACAUGUAAUGCCGAAAUUCAAACACUGCAGCCAAUUUUCAAACAUGUAAUUUUAAAAUUCAAACCCGUUUCUGUUACACAUUUGAUGUAAGCACCCUGUGGAGCCAUUCUGGGUCAACCCAUGUUGGUUUUCUUGAUGAUUUUAUGAUUUAUGUACAGACCACUCCACAGUAUGUAAUGGUUCCAAUUAUGUACAUCAGAUGAGUGAAUCAGACCAACCGUUUUUCGGAUUAUUUCUUUGCAGCUUUGAUUAGGAGUGCUUAUAAUUAUCAUUAAUGUCAUUGUACAAUAUCAUUGUGUGAUGUUCUGUAUUUGUAUUGUCGUAGUAGAUUAAAUACACUAUCAUUCUUUCA